AGGCUAAGAUCUGCCUUUUUGCAGUUAUGAAUAUAGGGCUAGGAGUUUAUUGUAACUUACAUAUCUAAUUCAACCUCAUAAUGGAUGCUAAUGCCAAAGAAAAUUUGAACGUAGCAGAAAGCGGAACCACCCAUUUUAGAGGUGAUUUUACUGCUUCAACAAGCUCUAAAACCACCUUUGAAAAAACGGAAAAUGAAAAGAAUGUUGCACAUCAUACCAUUGGUGAUCAAUUUUCUAGUUUAGCUCAGACUGUGGCUAGUGGAAUGUAUGGACAAGAAACCAACAUGCUUUCUUUGCUAUCAUCGGUCGCAAACUCUGAACAAGAAAGGAAAGCAAAGAAACUUGAAGAAAUGGCAAAAAAAAGCGUUUCUCAAGGAAUACGAGAGAAUCUUCCAUCAUGUACUUCCUCUUCUUCUUCAUCUUCAUCAAGCAAUGAAGAGGAUGAUGAUUCUGAUGCUGAGAGUUCUGAACUUGAUGAAGAAGAUUGUGAUAGAAUUCGAUCACAAUGUUUAGAUGAAAUGUCAACAAUUGAAAAACAAUUUACAGAUAUCAGAGACCAACUAUACAAAGAAAGGCACAGCCAAAUAACAAGCAAGUUAAAAGAAGUGGAAUCAGAAAUUGCAGUAGAAUAUUUAAACCCAUACCAGAUUUUAAGCAAAAAUAAACAAAAUAGAAUAGAGGUGUGUGAACGACUUCGGAAAUUGCGAAAAGAUUCUAUCAAAUCAUGGUAUCAGUCUCAGAGACAAGCAAACAAUCAACAGUUUGAGAAUGAGAAAAUGAUUAUGUCUGAUUCUAUUCGACUGGAAAUCGAAGAGAAAAUCAAAAUUCUUGAAGAAGAUAGAGACAAUGUAGAUUUUUCUACUGAACUAUGGACUGAUGCCACAUUAGGCAACGGACAAAAAUUUAGGUCGACAUCUGGUGGCAAUGGCAGUUCAAAAUCUAGUUCGUGGCUCAAGUCGAACAAGAAAUCAAAAAAAGAACCACCGUUUCAAUUUGGAUUUACAAAUGGAACAGCAAAGAGGAAAAAGAAACCAGUUACUGUGUCAGGCCCCUAUAUCAUUUAUAUGCUACGAGAAGAAGAUAUAGUUGACGAUUGGACUGUAAUCAAGAGAGCCUUAACUGCAAGUAAAAGGAGAAAAUCUGGAUCGAGAGAUCAUUUGCCGAAAUUGAAGCACACAUGUCGGAUCGAAAAUCAUAAGCUACAGUAUGAUGGAAGAUGGUUUUCCAGAGGGCAAACAAUUACGAUGAAAAGUAAAGAAACUGGAAACACUCAUGCUACAAUCUCCUCUAUUGGUAAUAGUGAAAUUACAGUACGACAAAGCAACAGCACAAUCAUAAAGAUGCAUGUACAACAACUCAUCAGGGGAAAGUUUCUGAUACGACCAAGAUGACAGAAUUAUUAUUUAAUGCGUGAUUCAUUCCAUAUUACUUUCUAAACAUGGAAGGUAGUAAAAAACUGCGGUUAUCUAUUCAACUUCUGUGAUGACGGGAAUUGGGUUAAUAGUGAUGCAGAGGAAAGACACUGAUGCCUUUGUGCUGAAGCAGUGUUUAUUUGGUUCCAUUACAUUUGAACCCAUGACAAUUGCACCUGUAUGCUAUUGCACCUAUGGAAUUUUUUUGUUUCAUGGAUAGUUAAACCCAUACUA